AUGGUUUCUAUUUCUACUCUGCUGCUUAUCGCAGAGGUUGCGAUGGCUUAUAAUCCACAUGGUUAUAAGCCUUAUAAAGAACUGUGCCCUGUCAAUGUCAAUUUGGCCAGACCAGCCAAUGCACUGUCUGAAAGGGAACAGGAAUGGCUUGAGAAGCGUCAUGAGAAGACCGACAAGGCACUCCUCGAGUUCCUCAAACGCUCCAACCUGGAAGACUUUGAUCCUGAAGAAUUCCUCUCCUCUAUAAACAGGUCCAUCAACAUUGGUCUUGCCUUCUCUGGAGGUGGCUACAGAGCCAUGCUGAGUGGUGCAGGCCAGAUAGCUGCUCUUGAUGACCGAGUCCCAGGUGCUUUGGAGCACGGUUUAGGUGGUCUACUGCAAAGUUCCACCUACCUGGCUGGCUUAUCAGGUGGUAACUGGCUGACUGGAUCAUUGGCCCUCAAUAACUGGAGUUCAGUUCCCGAGUUGAUUGACCAAGGUAAGUGGGACUUGACACAUGAUAUCAUCUCACCAGGAGGCUUUGAUCUAGGCAAGACAGCAGCUCACCGUUGGGAAGAAAUCAUCAUUGAUGUUUCCAAAAAGGUAUUUGCUGGUUACAACAUCUCCAUCACUGAUCUCUGGGGAAGAGCACUGGCAUAUCAGUUCUUUGGAGAAGAGGAACACGGUGGACUUCCAUUGACAUACUCUGAUAUCAGGGAGUUUGAAUCCUUUAAGAAUGCAGAAUUGCCGUUACCAAUCUCCCUGACUGUUGGCAGAACUCCAAACACAAAGGUUAUCGAUUACGAUCAAAGCUUCUUCGAGUUCACACCGUUCGAGCUUGGUUCGUGGGACCCAAACGUCUAUGCUUUCACAGAUUUGAAGUAUAUUGGAAGUGAAGUCUCCAAUGGUAUUCCAACCACUGAUGUCUGUAUCACUGGGUUUGACAACGCAGGCUUUGUGCUUGGGGUAUCGUCAUCGUUGUUCAACAUGUUCUUGGUGAACUUUGACAAGUUCUUCGGCAAGUUGGAGGGUAUUCCCCGUGACGUUGUCCACAAGGCAUUUGAAGUGUUGGACAAAUACUCUGCAGACAUAUCACUGUUUUCGCCAAAUCCAUUUUACAAGUCACAGUAUGGAAACAACGAGGCAGUUCUGAACGACCAUACUCUCUAUCUUGCUGAUGGUGGUUCAGGUUGGGAGAACAUCCCAUUUGCUCCAUUGGUACAGCCUGAGCGUGAUGUUGAUGUCAUCUUUGCCUUUGACGAGUCUUCAAACACUGAGGACAAGUUCCCAUCAACAAAUGCCCUGAAUAAGACCUUUGAACGUCAGUUUGGCUCUCAAGGAAAUGGCACUGCCUUCCCAUACAUUCCAACGGAACAGACUUAUAUCAAGAACAAGCUUUACGAGAAACCUCUGUUCCUUGGAUGUAACUCGUCAGACUUAACAGAUUUGGCUACGGUGCCACCUCUGGUUGUAUACAUCCCACACCAAUCGUUCAGUGCAUGGUCGAAUACAUCCACGUUCCAAUUGGCUUACAGCACCAAGCAAAGAGAUGCAAUCAUCAAGAAUGCGUUUGAAGCCACGACGAGAUUCAACCUCACGAUUGAUCCUGAUUGGCCAAAGUGUGUUUCCUGUGCCAUUGUUCGUCGUGAGCAGGAGCGUAAUGAUAUUGCACAGACACCACUUUGCCAGUCGUGUUUCCAAGAGUACUGUUGGAAUGGUGAACAGUAUGAAGGCCCUGCUGUUCCACUAAGAACUUCUAACUGGACAUCAUCUGCGCUUUGA